AUGACUGACCAACCUACUGCCCAAGAUACCAACACCGAGAGGGAACCCCCAGCUUGGGAAACUACCUUGAGACGUUGUUACCGCCUCAGCGCCACCUCGAGAACUACGAGAGACGUGCACGCACUUUGUGAAGCGUAUUGCGACCACGUGGAUGCGGUAGGGGAGUUUAUGUCCGGGAAAUUGAACAGGAUAGCAGGGCAAGUGGAGGAGAUAGAGAGAGAGCGCGAUAGGCUACGAGCACUAUGCGACGACUACGAAGUAGAAAACUCAAGCCUCAACAGCAAGGUGUAUGGCCUGGAAAGGGAACUACUGGACGAACAGUCCAUCAACGCAGCGACGAUAUUAGAAAAUGCCAACCUCAGCCACGAAGUUGGUGUCCUGGAAGACCGCGAGGAAACCCUACGCAUGGAGUACGACCACCUACGCAUGGAGUACGACCACCUACGCAUGCAAAUAGAUUACGCCGAUUAUAAAGACACCUGUGACAAAGGGACGCAAGUACCGUCACCCAACGAGGACCCACAGGACAUGGACCACCCUACCGACUACGAGUUAGGGUACAGUGCUGCCGUACGCACGUACCAGCCAAUGCUACUAGACCUGGACGCAAAAGUGCACAAGUUCAUGGAUAAGAAAAUGAAAGAGAAGACCCGACAAAAAACCCAGCUGCUGAAAAAGCUCAAACGUGGAGAAUACCGUACCCGCAACCACCAGAGGCGCAAUGUCCGCAAGUUGCAAGGUGUAGGUCAACACUACGACUCUGAGUGACUUCCACUACAAACACUUCUUUUAUUACCCUAUAACCAGUAAAUACAUUUUUUUAUACUAAUUGUAAUGGUAACAAUAAAACACUAAAAAGUAAAAAAA